UCGGGAACGCGCCCUCUCGCCGGCACGCGCGCUCGCAGUCACCGCCACCCACCAGCUCCGGCACCAGCAGCAGCGCCGCCGCCACCGCCCACCUUCUGCCGCCGCCGCCACAGCCACCCUUUCCUCCACUAUCCUCUUCUGUCCUCGCCUUCUGUCGACUAUCAGGCGAGCCUUGCACCAGGAUGGCUGAGCCGCGCCAGGAGUUUGACACCAUGGAAGAUCACGCUGAGGGCUACGCCCUGCUCCAAGACCAAGAGGGGGACAUGGACCAGGGCCUGAAAGAGUCUCCCCUGCAGACCCCCGCCGAGGACGGAUCCGAGGAGCCCGGCUCUGAGACCUCUGAUGCUAAGAGCACCCCGACGGCCGAAGACGUGACUGCACCCUUAGUGGAUGAGGGAGCCCCCGGCGAGCAGGCGGCCGCCCAGCCCCACACGGACAUCCCAGAAGGAACCACAGCUGAAGAAGCGGGCAUUGGGGACACCCCAAACAUGGAAGACCAAGCCGCCGGACACGUGACUCAAGAGAAGGUGAGCGCUCCGGGCCUGCAGAGGGCGGCCCCCGAGAGGCCCCUGGCCCAGGAGCUUAGCCGAGAAGUCUCCGGAGUCUCAGUGGCAUCUCUGGAUGAAAAACAGCCCGAAGCUCCCGUCCAGGCGAUCGUGCACCCUCCUCAGCAGCAUCCCGCCUGCCCCGCGCCGCCUCCACCUGGGGGCCCUGGAGAAGCCCCCCAGGAGUGGGCUCAAGAGCACGGGGGCCCCGCCCAGGAGGGUCUAGCAGUUGCAAACUCUUGCCCCCCUGGAUAUCUCCACCCGGAGCCUGAGAGGGCCCAGGGUGUCCUGGGAAUCUUGCGCGGGGACCCGGGGGACCUCGAAGGUGAGGCCUCAGGCACAGGGGCCCCAGGGCAGACCCGCCAGCACGUCCCGCCCAAGCCCGGGGCCCACGUCCCACCCGAAGGCCCCAGAGAGGCCACGCACCAGCCCUCAGGAACAGGACCUGGCGACCUAAAGAGCAGCCAAGACGGUGGACUGCUGGAGCGCCAGCUUUUGGGAGACCAGGACCAGGAGGGGCCACCUCUGCAGGGAGGCCACGGCAAAGAGAGGCUGGGGGGCCCGGAGGAGGUGGACGAAGACCGCGACAUCGACGAGUCGUCACCCCGAGACUCCCCUCCUUCCCAGACCUCUCCAGGAGGGCUGUCCCCUCCAACGGCCUCCAGAGGAGCCGCUGGUAUCUGCGGCUCCCCGGCCGAGGGUGCCAUCCCGCUCCCCGUCGAUUUCCUCUCCCAAGUGUCUGCAGAGACCCCGGCCGUGCAGCCCACCAGGCCCAGCACAGGGCCCCCGGUGGAAGGGCCCGAGGCUGCCCCUGAGUUCACGUUCCACGUGGAAAUCAAAGCCAACGUGCAGAGGGAGCAGGCCGGGUCAGAGCUGGGCCUGGAAAGGUCCGCACUUCUGGGGGCCCCUGGAGAGGAGCUAGAGGCCCAGGGCCACUCUGUGGAAGAGGCCACAGGAGAGGCUGGCCUCCUGGAGCCAUCCAAGAAGCGGCCUGCUGCUGGUUUGCCAGGGCGGCCCGUCAGCCGGGUCCCCCAACUCAAAGCCCGCAUGGUCAGUAAAGGCAAAGAGGGGACUGGAGCCGAGGACAGAAAAGCAAAGGGGGCUGAUGGUAAAAGUGGAACAAAGAUCGCCACACCCCGAGGAGCAGCCCCUCCAGGCCAGAAAGGCACCACCAACGCCACCAGGAUUCCUGCCAAAACCACACCCAGCCCAAAGACACCGCCCGGCACUGGUAAGAAGAAUGUUCUCUUGAGUCCUGGUCAGAGGAAGCUCCCGGAAGCUUCCAAGCAAGUGCAGAGAAAACCACCCCCUGCGGGGGCAAAGUCUGAGAGAGGUGAACCAGCGAAAUCUGGGGAUCGCAGUGGCUACAGCAGCCCUGGCUCUCCGGGCACCCCCGGCAGCCGCUCCCGCACCCCAUCCCUGCCAACGCCACCCACCCGAGAGCCCAAGAAGGUGGCAGUGGUCCGUACCCCUCCCAAGUCACCGUCUUCCACCAAGAGCCGCCUGCAGACUGCCCCCGUGCCCAUGCCAGACCUGAAGAACGUCAGGUCCAAGAUCGGCUCCACCGAAAACCUGAAGCACCAGCCAGGAGGUGGGAAGGUGCAGAUAAUUAAUAAGAAGCUGGAUCUUAGCAACGUCCAGUCCAAGUGUGGCUCAAAGGAUAAUAUCAAACACGUCCCUGGCGGCGGCAGUGUGCAAAUAGUCUACAAACCAGUGGACCUAAGUAAAGUGACCUCCAAGUGCGGCUCCUUAGGCAACAUCCAUCAUAAACCAGGAGGUGGCCAGGUGGAAGUAAAAUCUGAGAAGCUGGACUUCAAGGAUAGAGUCCAGUCGAAGAUCGGGUCUCUGGACAAUAUUACCCAUGUCCCUGGAGGAGGGAAUAAGAAGAUCGAAACCCACAAGCUGACCUUCCGAGAGAACGCCAAAGCCAAGACGGACCACGGGGCGGAAAUCGUGUACAAGUCGCCCGUGGUGUCCGGCGACACGUCUCCGCGGCACCUCAGCAACGUCUCCUCCACCGGCAGCAUCAACAUGGUGGACUCGCCCCAGCUCGCCACGCUAGCCGACGAAGUGUCCGCCUCCCUGGCCAAGCAGGGUUUGUGAUCAGGCCCCCGGGGCGGUCAAUAAUCGUGGAGAGAAGAGAGAGUGAGAGAGUGUGGAAAAAAAAAGAAUACUGACCCGGCCCCUCGCCCUCUGCCCUCCCCCGCUGCUCCUCGCAGACGGUCAACCGGGUCGUCACCUAACCUGCUUUUGUCGCUCGGCUUUGGCUCGGGACUUCAAAAUCAGUGAUGGGAAUAAGAGCAAAUUUCAUCUUUCCAAAUUGAUCGGUGGGCUAAUAAUAAAAUAUUUUUCCAAAAAACCAACCAACCAACCAACCAACCAACCACCACGUGAAGCACGGCCACGCCCAGCACUUCCUCGGGCCGUUCCUUCCGAUUCUUUUUUUUUCCCCUCCGAGGAGAGAGGGCGAAGGAGAGGCUCAGAGAGCUGCUUCCGGGCAAUUUUCGGGACUGGGGCGCCCGCCGCCUCUGGCCCCAUCCGAGGGUGUCACAAGGACAGCGGCAGCAACAAGGAUGGGACACGUGGUGUGCCGGGGCCCCAGGCCCAGGGUGCCAACCCGGCGCGCGCGGGGCGGGGCGGGGCGGAGGGGACACUGCCCCCUGCCGAGCGCCGCGGGAAAGGCGGCGCCUCGGCCGCCCGCUGCGCUGUUCUUGGCCCGGGGUCUGCUGCGGGUCGGAGAGCCCCCUCUGGAGGGUGACCGGUGGGAGAAGGGGCACUGAGCAGAAGGAAGGUCGGCGGGAGGGUGGCACCCUGUGGAUUACUGCCUUGGAGAAGACCGACCCUGAGGUCCCGGAGCGCUGGCUCUCCUCCCUGCAGGGUCGGGGUCCUGAGCUGAGGGGCCCCUCUGCCCAAUGGAAACCCCGUUUCACUGAGUUAUGAAGGUUGUAACUGUAGCCACGAUUUUGGCCACCUCACAGAUCUGGGACUUUAGGGCUAACCAGUUCUCUUCGUAAGGACUUGUGCCUCUUGGGGGACAUCCUCCUGUUCCCAAGCCUGGGCCUCCGGCAUCCGUGGAGUGUGUGGAGUGGGGGGGCGUAUUUGGGAGGUGGGUCCUGAACCUCCCAUCCUUUCCAUGGCCACUGCAGCCCCCUCUGCCUGUCUCUCCGUAUUCGUGUGUCUGCCGUGGGAGCCCAAUCACUGCCGUACCCCUCAUUAUGUCACUGUCCCGAGUGCCCAGCCUCCCCAACCCCCAGUCAUGGACACUGGUUAAAUGCUGGCUGCACCUACUCUACACUAAGGGGUGAAAUCGAGGGAAGGCAAAGUCCAGGCACAAAGGCUGGAGCUCUAUCGCUUGCUAUAUAUAAGUCCCACUCACCCAACUGGUGUACACCAGGGUGGGGUUGGCCAUGACCCUAGAUGUUUUUUUGCCUUCCUUGUUGACUUGGUGAGUCUGUCCCCCCAGGCCUGGUUCCCUUCCUGUGUUGAGCUGGUAGCAGGAGGUGGGAUGUCAUGGUUGCCAGUGAUAACACAAGGAUGGGCAGGCAACUCCCAGGGCAGGGCCACUCUCUGUCCCUUACUUCCACCCCAGCUUGACUGCCAGCCUCCUGGAGCCCAGCCACAGUUCGACUCCAAAUGCAUGGAAACAGCCCUCCACACCCGCAAGCAGGGAACAUGCCCCCUCCGAAAUGAUUCUUUUCCCCAGUCCCAGUUGAAAGCAAUGCUGUUUGAUCUGCUGGAGCAGCUGAACAUAUACAUAGAUGUUGCCCUCCCCCAAGCCCCCCGUCUGCACCCUGUUGCAUUGUAAUUGGAUUUGUCUGUUUGGAUUCACCAGAGUGACUAUGAUAGUGAGAAUUAAAAAAAAAAAAAAAAAGAAAGAAAAAAAAAAAAGAAAAAAAGAAAAA